AUGCCAGCCCCCGACAAUAUUUACGAGAACGAUGUCGACUUCACGACGCUGGCGCUGCAAUAUCCCGAUUUCGCCAAAAGGCUAAAAUCUAAUCGCCAACUCGACUUCUCUGACCCCGAAAGCGUCAGACAAUUGACCAAAUGCCUCCUUCAUCGAGACUUUGAUCUCACCGUCGACCUUCCGGAAGAUAGGCUGUGCCCGCCUGUCCCCAAUCGGUUCAACUACAUUCUCUUCAUCCAGCGUCUGCUGGACAGCACCUCUCCUUCUUUCCACCAAGGUUUCGACCCUGACAGACAGGUGAUCGGACUCGAUAUCGGCACAGGGGCAUCUGCAAUUUACCCGCUUCUUGCUUGCCGACAACGCCCUCAAUGGCGCUUCCUGGCUACAGAGAUCGACGGGAAGAACCGCGAGUACGCGCAGAGAAACAUCGUCGCCAACAAGUUACAGGCACGCAUUAGACUGGUCGACACGGACGUCAAAGGAGAUCGGCUAAUCCCCACGACCCAACUUGAGAGGUUUGACCGAAUUGACAUCCUCCUCACGAACCCGCCUUUUUAUGACUCGACAGAAUCCCUCGUGGACUCCGCUCGCCAAAAAUCCCGCCCGCCAAACUCAAGCUGCACCGGCUCGGCGGUGGAAAUGAUCACCCCCGGCGGCGAGGUCGGCUUUGUCUCCAAACUCGUCGCCGAAUCACGCCUCCCGGCGAACAAGAUGAAGAUCCAGUGGUUCAGUGCCAUGCUGGGGAAGUUGUCGAGUGUGGGGGCCGUCGUGGAAAGCCUUCGGGGCAGCGGAUGCGGGAACUACGCGGUGACCGAGUUCGUGCAGGGCCAGAAAACGCGGCGGUGGUGCGUCGCCUGGAGCUGGAUGGGGUACCGACCUCCCAACGACGUGGCGCGGUCCGUGGGCAGCGGGAGCGGCGUCGAGAAGAAACUGUUGCCUCCGAUCACGGAGACGGAGUUCGAGGUUGAGGUGCCAGUACGAGGAGGAGACGGCCCGCUGAGCGUGCUCGACAGGGUCGCCGCGGAGAUUCAGCGCUUGGACGGGGUGCUGUGGAAAAUCGAUCGAGCCAGUGGUGUGGGGAUGUUUAUGGCCAGGGACGGAGACGUGUGGAGUCGCAAGGCUCGGAGGAGGAAACAGGAGGCUGAGCGUGAACACGGAAGUGAAUCUCAACCUCGCGCGAAGCGGGUUGCGAACGAGCACGCAAGAGGGAGCAAACACGACGCAGACACAGACAUGAAGGACGACGACGACGAACCCGAACCAGAGCCCGCCCUCGUCGUGCGCAUCUCCAUUUCGCCCUCUCCUCCUUCUAGUUCUCGCUCUGCCUUUCGCGGCGCCGAACGACCCGACGACACCCCGUCCACGUCCACACCCACGUCCACACCCACGUCCACACCCACGUCCACACCCACGUCCGCACUACACACCCAGAAUCAGAUCCACAUGCGCCAUCUCCAGGGUGAGGAUCCCGUCCUCUUUGAGAGUUUCUGCGGCUGGCUCAAGCGGAAGAUGGUGGUGGCGGCGUGA